GGCAGAAUAACAGAAGAUCUGCGUAACAUGGCUGAAAUCUUGAUCUACUAUAACAUGUGAAGGAUGUGAUUAGUGAAAAGGAGAAUCCCAAGCGGAUUGAGGAUGACUGAGAAGAUGAAGGUCGAAGCAGGUGAACCUGGAGGAUUCAGCUUGGAGCCCCCCAUAUCUGCAGCAUCCGUAUCAGAACUGAAGAAGACACAAGACGACAAGGAUCUUAUGUCUACUGAUCAGCUGCUCUUGGUAAUUAAAGAAGAGGUUCCUGAUCUGCGGAACUGCAGUUUGGACCAAGAAUCCCCUCACAAAAAGGAGAAAGAGGACAAACUCCGGGGCUCUCUGGAGGAAGAGCAGCUCGAUGAGAAGGAAGAGAUGGAUUUCAUUGCUGUUAGUGUGAAGAGUGAAUGUGAUGAAGAGAAACCUCAGUUGUCAGACCUUGAUUGCAUCAAAAUUGAAGAGAACAUAGACACAGAAGCUUCACCUAGCACGACUGUUGAGCCGAGGGAAGCAGAACCUGAUGGAAGAUCAGAACCAGAGAGAAACUCUGAUCCAAAUACAGAUGAAAAGGCUUUGGAUUCUUCUGGGACUGAAUCGAUCCCGACGAAGAAAAUGACUGACUUGUUGUUGUAGGAGCACGUAUAUCCAGCAGAUGGCAGCAAUGGGACACGUAGGACUUAAACCUAGAGUGUGUCUGUAACGGUGCCUGAUCAAAAUCCAUCAGUGAUCCAUGGUUUGCGGGGACAUACCUGUCGUCGUCAAUACCUCGGUGGAUCGAGACAGAAUUGUACCCGAUUGCUAUCUGAGUUGAUCGGCUUGGUUCGUGUGAAGCAAUCCUCUGGUUUGUUUUUACUGACUGCGGGGACACCAUGGAGGAAGUGGAUGAUGUUGAACAACACAGAUCUGAAGGUCUACCUUUAGAUGAAGUGCAGAUGAAACAGCUCGAUGUCCAUCUGCCGCAGGAAGUUGGUGGAAAUCAAACAGCUGUGUUCCCAGUCCUUCGGCUACUGAACGUUAAAAAUGAGGUUCUCCAUGCCUGGAGCGCCAGUUCCCAGCAGCAGCAUCCAGAGGCCUUCCACAUAAAGGAAGAGGAGGAAGAGGAAGUCUGGACCAAUCAGGAGGAAGACCGGCCCAAUGAGCAGAAGAAGACUAAUAUCAGCAGGUUCCCUUGCACUGUUGUUACAGUGAAGAAUGAAAGUUAUGAAGAGAAACCUCAGUUAUUAGAGCUACAUCAGAUCAAAACUGAAGAAAACCGAGAGACUGAAGCUCUAAUCAGCAGCUCAGCUCAACAGAUAAAAACAGAACUUCAUAGCAAGGAUAGUGUAGGACCAGAACCAGACAGGAACCUGAAUCCAGCAUGUACCUUUGAGCAAAAUCCAAAUAAAAAUGCUUCAGAUUCCUCUGACACAGAAGCCAGUGAUGAUAAUAAUGAUGAGGACUGGCAGGGACCUUUGUCAGAUUCUGAGUCUGAAACUAAAAUGAGUCACAAUUGUGAGAAUGUCCUGAAUGCAUCUCAGUCAAAUGUAAAUGGUGAAGAGAAAUGUAACUCAGUCAUGGCUGGUGAUGAAGGAGAAAAACUGUUUGCUUGCAGUAAGUGUGAUAAAAGAUUUAAAAAGCGGGACAAUCUUACGGAUCAUGCUAGGAUCCACACCGGUGAGAAGCCAUUUGGUUGUGAUGUUUGUGAGAAAACAUUCAGACGGAAGGACUGUUUGCGAAAACACAAGAUGAUUCACAGCGGGAAAACGGCGCACAGCUGUGAUUUCUGUGGGAAAGGGUUUAUAGAAAAGACAGAUCUUCAGGCGCAUAUAAGACUCCAUACCGGAGAGCGACCUUUUGCAUGUGAUGAAUGUGGAAGAAGGUUUCACAAAAAGUCAAUUCUCACAGUGCACAUGAGAGUCCACUCUGGGGAUAAACAGUUCAAAUGCACCGUGUGCGAAAAAAGAUUCCGAUUUCAGCACAUUCUUAAAAAGCACAUGAUUGUUCACACCGGAGAGAAGCCGUUUGUUUGUGUCGUCUGUAGUAAAGGAUUUUCUCAACAAGAAACUCUGAAGAGACACAUGGGUGUUCACACGGGGGAAAAGACAUUUGUUUGUAGCGACUGCGGUAAAGACUUUCAACAGAAGAUACACCUAAAAGAACACAUGAAGGUCCACACGGGGGAGAAGCCAUUUGGCUGUGACGUGUGCGGUAAGAAAUUCAAAAAAAAGUCAUAUGUUAAAACACACAUGAUGUCUCACGCUGGAAAGAAAGCGCACAACUGUGAGCUGUGCGGGAAAGGCUUUUUAGUCAAGGGUGGUCUUCUGAAACACAUGAGGAUUCACAAUGGAGAAAGACCUUUCAGCUGUGAUGUUUGUAGCAAGAGCUUUCUGCAGAGGAUCCAUUUGAAGGUGCACAUGAGAGUUCACACAGGAGAGAAACCGUUUGGAUGUGAAAUCUGUGGUAAAAAGUUCACAAAGAAAUCCUAUGUUACAACACACAUGAUGUCUCAUGCUUGACAGAUGACAGGAUUACUGUGUUGAUUUGCAGAUGUGCACCAAACUUCACACAAUAGCAGGAUGUCUGUGCAUCCUUAAAAAGUCUUAAAUUCAUGUAUCUAAAAUGAAGGCCUCAAAUUGUCA